AUGUCGACCAGACUCAGCCGUGCUCAAUACACCGUUGCCAUCGUCGGUGCGACGGGGAACCUAGGCAAGGAGAUAUCCAACAUCUUCCUCAGCUCUUACAAACCCUUCUUCCCCCGCGUCAUCGCGGUCCUACGGGACACCACCAAGCCAGAAGCGAAAGCGCUUACCGAGCGGGGAGCAGAGCUCCGGCAGGUCGACUCGGCGAAUGCUGUGGCGUCGUUCACGCGCGCUUUCGAAGGCGUCGACAUAGUCAUCAAUGCUGUCGGCGCGAGCCCGCUCGAGUAUAACAAUGCGCUUUUCGAGGGUGCACUGAAGAGCGGGGUGAGAGUGUACUUCCCCUCUGAAUAUGGCUCUGACUACCGCAUCAAUGACUUCCCCGGGUGGGACUUCACACUGUGGCUGGCGAAGGCCGAGCAUGUGCGCAAGGCGCGGCAGCUCGCGCAAGGCAAAGUCAAGAUUAUUGCUGUCUAUCCCGGUCUUUUCCUCGAAGGCGCUCUGGGUGUAUUCGGUUUCGACACCGCUAACCUGACCUACACCUGCGUCGGCUCGCCAGACAAAAAGACUGCGCUCACGUCCAAGGCAGACGUUGGACGCGCGCUCGCCGAAUUCUCUCUCCUCGCGCUCUCCCCCGACUACUCCGCGCGCGUCCCCGACGACGCGCACAUCGCGGGCGGGAACGCGAGCUACCGGGAGAUCCGCGACAUCGUGCAGCGCGUAAGGGAAGAGCUCGGCGUGCAGCCUAAGGGCGAGAUCGUGAUCAAGUCGCAGGACUAUGAGACUUUCAGGGCGAAGGUGCGCGAGGAGGAGAUCAAGAGCCCUGCACCGGGCCCGCUCAGACAUAUCAUGUUGCUCAUCGCAGAGGGCAAAAUGGACUUUUCGGAGAACGAUGACGAGCUCAUUAAUCCAGACGAGAGUAUAUGGAAGUGGAAAACGGUGGAGGAUUAUGUCCGUGAGGUGGGCGGUCGUCCGUUCAGUUGA